CGCAGCAGGAGUUGUCCCUCCUUAAUGCGCGCCCUUUCUGGAGAAGCCGGUGCCUUCCCCUUUAAGUAAAGGGGAAGGCUGGAUUGGACCUGCGUCCGGCGGGGGAACGCCCCCCUCCCCCCCACGGCCUCCGGGCGCAUCUCCACCACUGAGGUGCACCGAGGUGCACCGCGACCGGCUCCGGCUCCGGAAGGCUGGGACGAUCUGGUGAACUAAACAAUACAAGUCCGACUACUAGACAAUCUGGUAGGAAGAAAACCCAGAAGAGAAGAGAGAAAGACACUUGAAACAUCACUUUCUUGGAGCCUGGCUUUCGCACAACCACUGCGGAAUGGUCACUACUGUUGCCUGGAAGGGGCUCCACCGGCCUCUACUACAGUACGACCCCUAGCCAGCACUCACACACACCUCCGCGCCACCACCUCACAGCCAUCUUCUACUGCCACCGUCGGCACCCCCUUAAUGACAUCAUCGCCUCCCACGCACCUGAGUGACCAGCCCCGAAGCUACGAAACGGUCCAGCAGUAGCCCGGCAGCAUUUGGCUCGGCCGCGCGGUCCCAGGGCGUCGGAGCAGCCAUGGUUGAAAGCCACCCCGCGCCCGGUCGGCACGAAGAGGACCUGAGCCGCGGCCCUACGAUGGGUAACAGUGCCCUCCGCGCUCAUGUGGAAACCGCGCAGAAAACUGGUGUCUUUCAGCUUAAGGACCGUGGGCUGACCGAGUUCCCCUCAGAGUUGCAGAAGCUGACAAGCAAUCUAAGGACCAUCGACUUGUCCAACAACAAGAUCGAGAGCCUACCGCCUAUGAUUAUAGGGAAGUUCACUCUGCUGAAGAGCCUCUCCUUGAACAACAACAAACUGACUGUUCUUCCCGAUGAGUUAUGUAAUCUGAAAAAACUAGAGAUGCUAAGCCUAAACAACAAUCACUUGAGAGAGCUACCAUCUACCUUUGGGCAACUGUCAGCCCUCAAGACCCUGAGCCUCUCUGGGAACCAGCUGCGAGCCCUGCCACCACAACUCUGUAGCCUACGUCACUUGGAUGUGGUGGAUCUCUCCAAGAACCAGAUUCGGAGCAUACCUGACAUAGUGGGGGAGCUGCAGGUCAUCGAACUCAAUCUCAACCAGAACCAGAUAUCUCAGAUCUCAGUAAAGAUAUCUUGCUGUCCUCGUCUUAAAGUUCUUCGCCUGGAAGAGAACUGUCUUGAGCUCAGCAUGCUUCCACAGAGCAUCCUCAGUGACUCCCAGAUCUGUCUGCUUGCUGUGGAAGGCAACCUUUUUGAAAUAAAGAAACUUCGAGAGCUGGAAGGCUAUGAUAAGUACAUGGAGAGAUUCACAGCCACUAAGAAGAAGUUUGCAUGAUGUUCUCCAGGAGCAUGGGAACCAUAUAGGACACUGACUUGGAAUCUGUUGCAAUCUGGAUGAACCAGAGGCUCCUGUUGUCAAGGAUUAUCUGUAGUAAGGAGAUAAUACUCCAGAUUAUAUUUUGCACAGUGAUCUUUUUCCUUCCCAGGACUCGUCUUAAGUAAGCUAAAAGAAAUCAAGAGACAGUAAGUCUUCCAUUUUGAGUCAUGGAUAGGGUAAAGACAAUGUUUAUCAUCAAAACCAUCAUUAGUCUGGCUUUAAUAAACCAGUAGCUAGUUGCUAUUUAUACAGUGAAAGGAGGCUGCCUGGUAACAGAAUCACUCCAUAUCACAGUUUUUAAAUUUCAGGUUUAAUUUCAGUGUAUGAGCUCUCAUAAAGUUGAUUGCCAUUGCACCUGUUAACAUUUUCUAUUUUUUCUGAAAUUCAAAUAAUUUGCAAGAGGCUACUCUGGUUACUCUAAAGAUGUAUGAUUUUAUUUGUCCAUCAGUUCAAUUGCAGUGUUCAUACUUGGAAUUUAGAAUGUACAUAAAUAUGUGACUGUCUUGAUUAAAAGUGUACUUUGUCAGAGAAGCCCCAAUACAACACUAAGAGAUGUGCCCCCAAGGCUGCAGUAGCAAAUUUUUUACUAUUGCAGGUGCCUUAUUUGUCGAGGGCUCUGAAGAGCUAAAACCAUAUAUGCAAAACCUGUAAGAUACAAAGGGUUUUAAUAAUCAAGAUUUCCCCAAAACUUUGUUAGAAAUAAUGUCUUAUUUCUGGUAAUCCUUUUCCCUUUUUGUAUUUAUAAUUCUACUAAUCAAAUUACCAAUCAAAAAACUACCUGUAUAAUAUUUUAAAAUAACCUAUGUUUAUAAAGCUUAUUCUCUGGGUGAGAGAAUAUACUAAAUAAAGAAUUUUUAAUGAACUUUGGCUGAAAAAAGGGUUAAUCCUUCUUCCAUCACAGGAAGAAGACAGAAAAUUUAACCUGUAUAUGGUCCUUUGUUUGAAAGUAAAGUGAUUAGGAAACAUUUCAUGUUCUUGUUAAGGUCGUAGGAGUGCUGAAAUAUCUUCACAUGACUGAUAAGCAUUUCAUUUUGCCACACUGGAACCAUGCUUAUUAAGAGAAACUAAAAUUUACAAAGGUAUAUGAUUUCAGGUUGUUACUGACAUGAACAUUUAGAUAACUACCACUGUAAUUUUCUGAGGUUUUGUCUUUCUCAGGGCAAUUUAGCAUGUAUUGUCAGGUCUUCUUUUUAUAAACCUAGUUUAACCAUUAAGCCAAUAGAUCCCAACAGCUUAGUGUUGAAACUAUAUGAAGAAGUCUCUCUGACCCUAAAUCUGACCUGGAUAUUCUAUUUUCCAUGUUAUUUUGUUUCUCAACAUGGGGAAGGAUGGGCUACCAGCUUAUCAUUAGCAGUUGAGUUUUGCUUUUUAAUGUUUAACCUUUUUGAUCUACUAAAUGUUUCUCUAAAUUUUUUAUCAGUACUUAACAUCUAAUAAAUAAGAACUUAUAAAUUAAA